AGGAGGAGCGGUUCCAGGCCGCGAAGAGGGCUUCGAACUUCGACGCUGCUUCGGCGCAGCAGGCGGCCGCGCCGGCGAAGGGCAGGAGAGGAAGAAGCGGCUCCGCUGCUGGCGCGUGAAGCACAGCCUGUCCAAGCACAGGCACCUGCGGGACCACAGCCGUGGCAGCACCAGCUCCUCGAGCAGCUCCUCCUGGAGACAGCUCCAGCACGGGGUCGGACUCGGCGAGCAAGAGCGACGACGACCUGCCCGCGGCGCAGCGCCGCAGCCGCAACGCGCGGCGCAUGGCGAGCACGCCGCUGAAGGUCGAGCUGCAGAGAGCCGCGGUGCCCUCGGGACUGCUGGGGGCAACGGCAAGGAAGCACCGCCACCUCGCCUUCGCCUUCGGGUUCCUGGACCGGGCCGAGGUGGCCGCCCUGGGCCGCGCGGCCGCGCACCCCUCGGUCAAGGAGAGAUACACGACCGCAAGGCGUACCUCGCGUUCAAGCACCACGUCGUUCGCUUCGAGAUGCAGCUGCGCGCGCUGGAGCCGGCGCUCUACGCCAAGCUCCUGGCGCUGAUGCGCCGGGCGGACGCGGAGGGCUGGCAGCGGCUGCGGAAGAAGAAGAGCACGGUGUACCCGGAGGUCGAGUACAUCGACUACGACGUCGCUCGCGAGGGUGGUGAGUGCUACAUCGAGCCACACGUUGACAACAAGUCUGGUGUGACGCUGGUGGCCAUGCUCUCAGAGAGGUCGGAAUACGGUGGCGGUGCGAGCUGUUUUCGGCGUGCGAAGGGCAACGAGGGCCACCGGCAAGUCACCCUGCAGCUGGGCGACGUGGUGAUGUUCCGUGGCGAGAGACUGCUGCACUGGAUCACGAACGUCACCGUGGGGCGGCAGGCGAUCCUCC